AUGCGGGAUUUGCAGGAUAUCCAGCGACGUUGGACAUCUCUCUUCAGUACUUCGAUUGGGGUCGACCUACGACAAGCCUUGAGAGACGGUGAAGGGUUCGACCCGUGCGAGGAUGGAUUACGCUCAGUCUGCUGGAAGGCUUUCCUUCUUUAUGGCCCCCUGAGUCAGGCAUCAUGGUCCAAACCGUUGGCCGAGUCACGUUCUGCAUACGUCUCUCUCCGGGAUCACUUUUUGCGCUUUAUCGAGCAUCCGAAUGACCUCCACUCGUCGGCAGACCCGUUAGCAGACGACGAAAAUUCCCCCUGGUCUACUCUGCGCCAGGACGAGAUCAACAGGGAGGAAGUUUUCCAGGAUGUGACGAGAUGCAUGCAAGACAACUACUUCUUCAAAGAACCGUCCACGCAGAAGAGACUAUUGGAUAUUCUGUUCAUCUACUCAAAGCUGAAUCCUGACGUGGGAUACCGGCAAGGAAUGCAUGAACUACUGGCGCCGAUUCUGUGGGUGAUCCAUCACGAUGCAAUUGAUACGACAGUCGUCGACAACUCGAGCAAGCAGGACGAGGGUGCAGCCUUCAUGAUGGAAGUUCUCGAUGCCAAAUUCGUGGAGCACGAUGCUUUCAACCUUUUCUGUGCUCUGAUGCAGACCAUGAAGGCCUCCUACGAGAUAGGUGACGGCAAAGACUCGUCGCCCAUAGUGGCACGAAGCCAGAGUAUCCAUGACGAGAUCCUUGCGUCUGUUGACCCAGAGCUGGCGCUUCAUUUACAUGUUAUUGGAAUUCUUCCGCAAAUAUACUCCAUUCGUUGGAUCCGACUUCUCUUCGGACGAGAGUUCGAAUUCAAGGAUGUCCUGAGGAUGUGGGAUCUUCUCUUUGCCGAAAACCUGAGGCCCGACAUCGUCGAUGUUACCUGCGUUGCGAUGCUUCUAAGAUCUCGCUGGUCGUUGGUCGAGGCAGACUACACCGCAGCCAUCACAGCAUUAACUCACUAUUCUCUUCCCGCCCCGACUGGCGAUCCUCGGUCGUUGGUUAGGGAUGCCAUAUUUCUGGACAAGACUCGGAACACUGAGGCCGGGGCGAUGUUGAUACAAUAUUAUUCCGGCAGACGUCCGAAGGAAAGCGAGGCAUCCGGCAGUCGGAGCACGUCCGGACUUCGAACAUCCAGAAAGCCGCAACAUCGAAACUCCCCAAGCGCGUCGCCCGGCCGAUUCUCCUCGUCCCACAAGCAUCUGGAAGGACUGUUUCAAGAGGUCACCGGCGGUCUACAGAGGCGCACGGAGGGCUGGAAUGUCUCCAAAGCAGUUCGAACUGCAGUGGGCGAGGUUCGCCGCAACAUGAACCAAUACCAGGUGUCCCAUUCUAGGAAUUCAAGUUCCGACACCAUCAAUGUCGAAAAGCCGGACCCUCAGCGUAGACUGCAAGAACUACAGGAAAGAAACCGGGUCCUGGCAAAGAUGCUCGAAGGCGCCAUUCAGUCUCUUCGUUCCAUCAAGCUCACCGGCCCGGACAAUGCGGAGGCGGAGCACGGGCUGAAUGUCUCUCUGGCCAAAAUCCAGUUCGUCUCGAUGUAUCUGUCCAAUCCGGACACGCCCAUACCCAAAGAAGAACCCAGUACGGAAUCAAGGUCCGUCACCCCACCAAAGGACGAAGCUACGGAGGAGUCUAGACAACCAUCAUCAGACGAGGCACGUAAGGAAGGUAAAGGCAAUUCAUCCGCAGCAAGCAAAGGCACCCUGGCCACCACCCCUACGGUUAAGCCCCAAGCAGAAGAUGGCAGUCAAACCAAAAAGCCUGCAACUCGGCCCUCGCUCAUGGAUUCAUCCUUCUCCUUCAUGCUCGGGGAGGGCCGGCAUCGAUCGAGCUUUGUCAGUUCGGCGGCAACGCUGCCGGAGCAGCGGAGAGAUAGCGAGUCUAGAAGCAGACCAAAGCAGCCGGCAGCAGAAAAGAAAACACAUCAACAACGCAAGGAGUCUGAAAGCGAGGAUGAUGGGUUCACCUUGGCUAACAUCCAAGGGGCUGGACAAGGCUGA